UUUAUAUACACGUUUGUUGGAUCGAGUGCUAUAUUCGUGCUUUAAACUAGCGAUUACAGAGUUUACGUGCAGUGAAGCUACUGUGAACAUGGUUUACAAAUGCUGUGUGCGCCAAGGUGUCGUGGGAAUUACGGAACUGGACCUAAAGUAAUCUUGUUUUCCUUUCCGAAAUAUGCGAAUCUGCGUUGGAAAUGGCUUUCAGCGAUUCAUCGGAACAAUUUCCAACCCACUGAGCACACGAAGAUGAGCGCGAUGACAUUUUUGUUAUUAGUGCUGGGUGUCACCGCCUUGAGUGAAGGAAGGAGUUUAGUGUUCGAGAACAGACGCAGAGAUACUGCGUGGGUGGGCACCCUUGGCAGUGCUGAAAGGGGAACUCUCAAAGGAGGUGGUUGGGAGAUGCGCCCUGGUUCUUUGGUCACCAUCAACAUGGACGAUGGAUGGACAGGCCGCUUCUGGGGUCGCACUGGCUGCUUAUUCGAUGGCUACGGGCAUGGCAGAUGCCAGACGGGAGACUGUGGCAGGAGGCUGCAGUGUAACGGCACCAGCGGCCAGCCUCCUGUAACGUUUGCAGAAGUCAACCUGGGCGGGUGGGGCAGUCAGGACUUCUACAGCAUCAGUCUUGUUGAUGGCUUCAAUAUCCCCAUCACGAUAGAGCCCAUCGACAAGCAAGGUGGCGGCGACCGCUACCGCUGCUACCCCGCAUCCUGCCCCACCGACAUAAACGCGCUGUGCCCAUCCAAGCUCCGCUCCGACGGCGGCUGCAAGAGCGCGUGCCUCGCCUUCAACACAGACCAGUACUGCUGCCGGGGCCGCUUCAGCUCGGCACAAGCCUGCAGGUCCUCCUCGUGGCCAAGGAACUACCCCGCCUUCUUCAAGGGCCUGUGUCCCGACGCUUACAGCUACCCCUACGACGACGACCGGAGCACCUUCACUUGCGAAAAAACAGCCUACAGGAUCAUCUUUAGUUGAGCCACUGUUAGGAACACGUGAUUCACUUUCCUUCAACAACCCAGGCUUUUAACAAUCUGCUGCAACACAUUUUUGUAAUAAAUGAAUAAACAAAUAAAGUAGAUAUCAGUUCA